GAGGAGAGAGAGAGAGAGAGAGAGAGAGAGGAAGAGAAUGGCGUCGUCGUCGUCGUCAUCGUCGUGCCCGCACCUGGAGGUGCUGCGGUCGCAGCCGGCGUGGGCGGUGGGCCUGGCGGCCGUGGGGCUGCUGACGCUGCUGCGCGUGGGCUUCGUCGUGGCGCGGUGGGUGUACGUCUGCUUCCUCCGGCCGGCGAAGCCCCUCCGCCGGCGCUACGGCGCGUGGGCCGUCGUCACGGGCGCCUCCGACGGCAUCGGGCGCGCCUUCGCCUUCCGCCUCGCCGCCGGCGGCCUCAGCCUCGUCCUCGUCGGCCGCAACCCGGACAAGCUCCGCGACGUCGCCGCCGCCGUCCGCUCCCGCAGCCCGAAGGUCGAGGUGGUGGAGGUCGUGGCCGACUUCGCCGCGCCCGAUCUCGCCGACGAGGGCGUCCGCCGGCUGGAGCGCGCCGUCGCCGGCCUCGACGUCGGCCUGCUCGUGAACAGCGCCGGCGUGUCCUACCCCUACGCCCGCUACUUCCACGAGGUCGACGACCACCUCCUCCGCACCCUCAUCAACGUCAACGUCGACGCCGUCACCCGCGUCACCCGCGCCCUCCUCCCCGCCAUGCUCCAACGCAAGCGCGGCGCCAUCGUCAACAUCGGAUCCGGCGCCGCCAUCGUCAUCCCCUCCGAUCCCCUCUACGCCGUCUACGCCGCCACCAAAGCGUACAUUGACCAGUUCUCAAGAUGCCUUUAUGUUGAAUACAAGGGCAAGGGGAUUGAUGUGCAAUGUCAGGUGCCCUUGUACGUCGCUACGAAGAUGGCAUCCAUCAGGAAAUCUUCCUUCUUCGUCCCGUCAGCUGAUACCUACACUCGUGCCGCGGUACGGUGGAUUGGCUACGAGCCAAGAUGCACUCCCUACUGGCCGCACUCCCUCAUCUGGGGCCUGCUCUCCUUGCUUCCCGAGUCUGCGAUCGAUUACUGGCGCCUCGGCUUCUGCCUCAAGAUCCGCAAGAGGGGACAGCAGAAAGAUGCCCAAAAGAAAGCACAGUAAUGUUUCGAUUAGUGUACCGGCACAAGCUGUGUCGUGGUUUCUGGGUCUUUAGGAUUUUCGAAUUCCUUCUUGUUCGUUGUCCCUCAUAGUCGGGAUUUGAGAACGCUGCCGUAUUCUUGUCUGAAUUGCACUUUUUGUGUUGUUUAAACUGGUACCUUUGCUAGAUGUGCUGCAUCUUUUUUUUUU